AUGGUUCCCUCGUUGGCAUUGCUCGUUUCUGCUCUCCCCUUAUUGAGUUGGGUGUGCGCCGCACUUCCAGCACCCCAUUUUGUCGAGAAGAGCUCGAUCCGACUGCCUCGGGGAUGGACCCACCAUGGCAUUCCUCGCCUCGCACUCCCAUCACUCUCCGUUUUGGGCUCACCUAGCCUUACUUUCACCCACUUAAGCAAAGAAGAGGUCGAAGAUAUCAUCCUGCUCGAAUCUUUUCUUGUCUCGCACGGCAUCGAUAUCACACGCGACGCACUCCAACGAACACCCGCAAGUGAUUGGAUCUCACUCAAGACCACCAUUGAAAUCGCAGAGAAACUUCUCGACACAACCUUUUCAAUAUAUGCGAACCACGAGACCAGACUCACUGCGAUUCGUACAACGUCAUAUAGUCUUCCUGCUCACCUACACGACCAUAUCGACGUCGUUCAGCCUACGAACUACUCCCCUUCUGUUGAUGAUGGCGCCUUCAACCAGCAAAGCGCUCCCGCCCCAGUACCAUCACCACAACCAAACAUGUCACUCCCAGAGCUUAAAGCGCUCUAUUGCACCGAUGCAUACAAGGCUAAAGGAACGCGAAGUUCAAUCGGUAUCACCGGGUACCUCGAGCAAUAUGCGAACCUUGCUGACCUCAAACAGUUUUAUUCCAUUUUCCAUCCUCCAGCGCUGAAGAGUAUCCUCCAUGUGGGGCUUAUCAACGGAGCAAUCAACUCUCAGAACAUUUCCGAGGCUGGCAUCGAGGCUAAUUUGGAUGCCCAAUUCGCGGGAGGGAUAUCGUACCCUGUCAAGCAAAUACUCUACAGUACAUAUGGUCGCGGCCAAAAUACGAACCGGAGCAUCAGCUAUGAGGACAAUGGGAAUGAACCGUGAGUGGAUGCCAAACCCAUAUUCAUAUGACUCAACUAAAUAAUCACAAUCCACAGCUACGACGUUCUUCUCACUUACCUCAGGAAGAAAACGAAGGAUCUUCCUCAAGUGUUGACACCAGUUAUGGUGAGUCUCUGCAUCCUAUUUUCCCUGGACCCAACAAUUUCACUCUAACACUCAUGUGGGGAACCGCGGAAUUUCCGAAUCUAUAUGCAGGUGAGGAUGAGGAUACAGUUCCAAUCAACUACGCCCGACGUGUGUGCAAG